GACUGUCUCUACCCUCACUCCUAUUAUGUCGAAUCCCCGUGCCACCUUCAACACGACCGCCGGUAAUUUCACCGUGGAGCUGUAUUUGGACAAGAUGCCGAUUACCGCCUCCAACUUCAUUGAUUUGGCCAAGUCUGGGUUCUAUAACGGUCUUCAUUUCCAUCGAGUCAUUUCCGGCUUCAUGAUUCAGUUCGGUUGCCCUCACUCGAAGGACCCCAGAAGCUCCAGAGCUGGCACUGGUGGCCCUAACGGUGGCACUAAGUUCAACGUCCCUGGUAAGGGAGAGAUUACCAGGGAUAUGGGCGGAAACAUCCCUGAUGAGUUCAGAGAACCCGGCUGCCCUCAUCUCUCCAACGAGGUUGGAACCCUCUCUAUGGCCAACACUGGCCGUCCCAACAGCGGUGGUAGUCAGUUCUUCAUUAACGUAGCUCACAACGAGUUCCUCGACUUCUGGAGAAACGAUCUGGCUCCCAGCCAGCAUCCUGUUUUCGGCAAGAUUGUUGAAGGUAUGGAUGUCGUGAUGAACAUCUCCAAGGCCCCCACCAACAGCAACGAUAGCCCCAAGACUCCCAUCAUGGUCAACUCCAUCACCGUGCAGGGUGCUUAAGUCUGAUGACUAACCUAUCCCAAUGAUUCCCCAUUAUCAGUGCUUUGACUGUUAUUCGAGUAUGAUGAUGUAGAGUCGGUGAUCGUGGUGGAGAAUCACCGCACUUCAGAGGAACUAGAUUUUCCUAACCUAGUCUGUU